UGGAUUUAAAUCAAAGCCAGCACCAUUCUAGAGUCAUGCCGGUUUGGCAUCAAAUUUCUAUUCUAUUAACCAACUUGUGCUAUUCGGUAAUUCUUAAUCUUACCAUCAUGUCCAAAUUCCAGGAAAUCUUCGACAACACAAAACGACCACAAAUCAAGAAAAUUUUAAUCCUCAUCACCGAUGGCUUCUCAAAUGGAAGAAAUCCAACAGCAAUUGCAGAAGAACUUAAAGUCAGCAACGUCACAAUUUUCACUGUUGGAAUCAGUUCUGGAAAUCUUGAUGAAUUGAGAAAAAUAAGCAGCAGACCAAUUGAAAAUUUUAAUUACAUGCUGUCAAGCUUUUCACUUUUUGAAAGUUUGGCAAGAAAAGCUCUUCAUACAGAUUAUAAAGUUGGUGUCAUCUUGCCAGUGUCCAAUUCCAGUCAUUGUGACUCUCUUUGUGAUAGAAGUAUUACAACUGAAGGUUCAUGCUGUGAUCCGAAUUCACGUUGUGCUUGUGGAUUUCAUUCUGGUCACUAUAACUGCAUUUGUAAUGCUGGAUAUUAUGGAAGUGGAAUAAAAGGAUCUGGAGGAUGUGAACUAUGUCCAAAUGGAACUUAUUGGAAUUCAUGGAACUCAUGUUUUAAUUGUCCUGACAUUAAUCAUGAAACUCGAGUUGCACCUGCUAUGAGUCUUAAUGAUUGUUUUUGUAAACUUGGAUAUAGGCAGACACAAAAGAAUCGAUGUGAAGUUAUCAAGUGUCCACCACUUCCAGUACCUGAUAAUGGAUAUUUUGUGUCAACAUCAUGCGCUAGUACUGUCAAUUCAGCUUGUGGUGCUCGUUGUAUGUCUGGAUAUCAGUUGAUUGGUUCUUCAAUUCGAUUAUGUCAAGAAGAUGGAAUCUGGAGUGGACAAGAGACUGUGUGUCAAUUAAAAACCUGCCCAAUCCUGCAGAUUCCAAUUUAUGGAACAACGUUCUGCAAAAAUCCAGACUCAAAUUUAACAGUCGAUUACUCGCCUAGAAACGAAUCGUUCUUGAUCGACUAUAACCCAGAUAUAUCUAAAUUUACUGAUGAAUUUCCAACUGACACUGAAUGUGUCUUUACAUGUGCUCGAGGCUUUCACUUGAUUGGAAGUAAAAAACGACAUUGCUUACCUGUUGGAAAAUGGGAUGGUCUACAAACCUCAUGCAAGCAAAUUCUCUGUCCAAUGCUCCCGAAAAUUCCAUUCGGUUUCUACGAAUUUGACGAAUGUUUUGAACAAAAGUCACCGGUUAACACAAACUGCACAAUAACAUGCGAAGAUGGUUUUGAGCUGAAAGGACCAGCUUUCAAAACUUGCACAACAACCAACAACAGAAAUGGAGCUUGGACACAAAAGAGUAAAAUCCCACGCUGUGUGGAUGUUACACCUCCAAUUAUUGUGUGUCCAAAAGAUUAUUCAAUUGAAUUAAUUGGAAACAAGAGUUAUGUGCUGUUAACGUCAUUUAAGGAGUUAGAAGUGAUGGAAGACAACUCCAACUCAAAUGUGACAUUUUGGGUUAAACCAGCCCUAAAAGAAGAAGGAACUAAAAUGUAUGCUGGAAACUACACAUUCACUUACGUCGCAAUUGAUGAAGUUAAGAACAAAGCCAAAUGUAAUUUCACAAUUUCCAUCGCUGACUUUACUCCACCGGUCUUUGAGAACUGCAUUUCAAGUCAAACAUUCUACGUUGUUAAUGCCUCAAUUGAGCCAAUUGAAUGGGAAGAGCCAUUCAUCUACGAUACUAUAGAUGACAAAAACAUCACCAUAAUAAGAAGCCUCAACAACUCAAUACCUCUCAGCUAUGGCGAGCAUUUAGUCAAUUACACAGCAAUCGAUCAAUCAGGAAAUAAAAAUUCAUGCCUGAUUUACAUUCAUGUAAAAGAAAAGAAAUGUGAUGAGCUCGAAAAGCCUGAAAAUGGUCAACGAAUCUGCGCGAAGAAUGACACAAUGACUUGGUGUGAUUUUCGAUGCAAUUUUGGUUAUGGAUUGAUGGAUAAUGAGACAGUGAUUGAAAAUUUAAUAUUGACAUGUGAUCUUGACAAUCGGAUUUGGUCACGGGAGACAAUGCCUGAAUGUUUGAAAAUUGAACAGCCAAAUUCAGUUCAGGAAGUGCUGACAAUUUCGUUAAAUUCCGAAAAUUUGUUGUGUGAGGAUUAUGCAAAAAAUCAAGAUGAGCUUAAAAAGGAACUGAAAGAAGAAUUAUGUGGCGAUCAAGAUUGUGACAUAAUAACAGAACUUCCUGAAUGUGUAGAAGAAGAUUCUGUUGACAAUUCAUCAGCUGCUUACUAUAUCAUCAGCAAACGUGACACUGCUUCUAAACCAAUAAAGAAGACUAGACCAAAGAACCCAGAAAAGAUUGAACUGUAUGUGAAGAUAUCCAAGAAUCUAGGUAUGUGGCGUUCCAGUUCAACACGUUCUGAAAAUAUCAAGAAGGUCAAGGAGGAACUGAAAAGGGUUAAUUUAAGUGAAAGGUUCAGGAAGAGAUUAAGGAACAUGAAUUUAGAUUUUACUGUUUUGAAGCUAGACGAGACUGUAAGUUGUAAUACUGGAAGUGUUUCUAGGAAGCUUGUGUGUGUUCAAUGCACAAGAGGAACUUACCAAGACAGCACACAAAAUCUGUGCAUUCCCUGUCCACUCGGUACUUUUAACAACGAGACAGGUCAGACAUCCUGCAAUAGUUGCCCUAUAAAUUAUUCUACAAGAAAAACAGGAAGUCGUCUUGAAACCGAUUGCCGUGAAAUGUGUGGACCCGGAAAUUUUGCACGCAUGAAGAUACUUAAAAAGAACAGCACAGCUGCAAAUCCAAAAACACUCAUGCCAUUCUGUAGAAGUUGUGGAAUUGGUGAGUAUCAAUCAAAGUACGAUCAAACAACAUGUGAUGAAUGUCCGGAAGGAUUAACAUCUGAACGAGCAUCAACAUCAAUUGACGACUGCUAUAAAAGAUUUGAGGAUUCAUGCAACUCUACAACUUGUGGUGAUCAUGGUGAAUGCAUACAGACAGACUCAUUUUAUAGUUGCGAAUGUGAUGAUGGAUUUUAUGGACAAAAUUGCGAAAUAGCUGAAAAUCCAUGCUCAUCAGCUCCAUGCUUUAAUGAUGGCAUCUGUAAGGCUAUCAAUGAGACAUUCACAUGUGAAUGUCCACCUCAAUAUCAAGGCUUGUUUUGUGAAUAUAUCGAUGAGCCGUGUAAUCAAAAAGACUGUCAAAAUGGUGCAAAUUGUUAUGAGAUUAAUGAGGAAGCCUUUUGUGAGUGCAUGCCUGGCUUUCAGGGUGAUUUAUGUGAGACGAGGAUACCAAUUGAUUUCUGUGCUAGUUCUCCAUGCUUUGAGAAUGCUACUUGUGUCAAUAAAAAUGAUUAUUAUGAGUGCAUUUGUGAGGAAGGAAGUAUGGGUAAGAGGUGUCAAUUGCAGCCCUGUGAUUAUGGACCUUGUCCUGAGAAUUCUGUCUGCCAUAACAUUAAGACAACAAGAGUCACUAAGGAUAGCUAUUUCUGCAAAUGCUUUACCGGACUAAAAGGACCUAAAUGCAAUCAAGUCAACAAUCAAUGUAUCCCAAAUCCAUGUCAUAACGAAGCCAAAUGUACACCAAAGAGUUUGCGUGAUCCAAAAAAUAUUACAUUAGUCGAUGACGAAUCAAUUUACGAAAAAUAUUCAUGCAGCUGCCCACCAUACUUUUACGGUGAUCGAUGCGAAAUCUUCACGACACCCGACUUUGUGUUUGAGUUUGAAAAGUCAAGCAUCAAUAAUUACAUAAAAUUUGAUGGACCGAAAUACAAUUUGACAGAAAUUUCCUUUUGCUCGUGGAUUCAGACUAAUGAUCAGUUCAACUAUGGAUCAAUAAUUUCGUACGCAAAUAUGGAGCACGAUAAUGCAUUCACAUUUACUGACUAUAAUGGACUUGUGCUGUAUAUUAAUGGCGUUAAUGUGAUAACGGAUAUUAAAAUAAUUGAUAAUAUUUGGCAUUUCUUGUGCGUUUCAUGGACGAUGAAUGAAGGACUUUACGAAAUAUAUUUGGAUGGAAACUUGCAUGUUCAAGGUUACAAUUUAAGUAAAUCUAUGCCAAUAAAUGGAAAUGGAGUUUUCAUUAUUGGACAGGAACAGGACAGCAUAGGAGGUGACUUCAGUGAAACUGAAUCGUUUGUUGGGAAAAUAUCAUACCUAGACUUUUGGCAGCGCCAACUACUUGCUACAGAGGUUAAUGAAUAUUAUCGUUCCUGUGAUCCAUAUCAAAGUGACUUUAUUUCAUGGACUGACUUGAAGCUUAAAACAAUUGGAAAUGUCAAAGUUGUAAAAUCUGAUUUUUGUAAGCCAUGCGAGGAAAAUUUGGAAGUUGAGAAUGCAAAUGUCAUUUAUGGAGAUCAAAGUGCAUUUGUCAAGUGUAAUGAUGGAUUUAAAAUUGAAGGAAAGCCAUUCGUUUUCUGCUUGAGAACAUCCAAAUGGGAUUUAUCGAAUCUUCCGUCAUGUAAAAUUGUAAAAUGUGAUAUGCUGAAGACACCAGCGAAUGGACGAAUGCAACUUACAAAAUUGAGCUAUACAGGAAUGGCAAAGUUUAAAUGUAUCGAAGGAUUUAGACUUGAAGGAAAAGAAACUUUAGUUUGUGAAGGAAAUGGCAAAUGGUCUGCAAAUAUUCCAACAUGUAAAAGUAUCUAUGAAUGUCCAGUUUUAGAGGAACCUAUAAAUGGAAUGUUGAUUUAUGCAUCUGAUUCUGGUAUUAUUAAUGAGAGCCUUCCUUCAUAUCCACUUGGAACUUUUGUUGAAAUAAAGUGUAAGAAAGGAUUUUCAACUGAGAAUGAAAACUUAAUAUCCUGUACGGAAACUGGUGUGUGGGAUUUUGAAGUUGAAGAUUGCUUACUUGAUCCAGUAACAGAAGCUGCUUCUGAAGCGACAACAGUUAUAGAUAUCUUGGAUGUUGAAGAACCAAUGAGUUCUACCGUUUCAGUUACUAAAGAAAAACUGGAUACAACUACUGAAGGAACCACGGAACUUUCUACUACUUCAAAAGUCGAAAAUGUCACUGAAACUCUCAAAACUGAAGAUUUAACCACAGAAAAGUUUGAAGUUCCAACUGUUGUUCCAAAAGAAUUUUGGAAGCAACUGAAAGAAUUUCUAUUCCAAUCAUGCAUAGACAACAAACCAAAACUGUGCAGCACCUACAAAACUGAAGAUCUUAACACUGACUUGUCAACAUUUGAACUUCCAGAAACCAAAGAAUUUGAAGGCAUGGACUUUAAACUUUAUAAUCUACUUGCAAUCUUACCUGAAUCAGAAGACCUGACUGCUGAAAACUUCAUGAAAACGUUACUUGGUGAUUUGAUUAGUGAUGAACCAAAAUCAGAUUCCUUUAGGUUUGUGUUCUGUCUUUACAUUGACUUGAUAUUGCUGGAUGAAGAAAUUGGAAUUUUGGAUGAUGGAACUUCCGAAACUGUUAACAUUAACACUAAAAUUAAGAGAAUAAUAAAGAAGAAAGUUAAGAUUAUUUACAGGAACUACUUAAGAAGUAUGUCUGAUUGAUUAUAUUAAUUUGUACGAAGUUGAAUAAAAAAUUGAAUUUAAUUUUAAAGUUCUAA